ACCGUUGACACCCCUCACCUUCCCGGUGCCCAGCAAGACCGGCGUCUUUCCUGGCGCUCGGUGCCCACUCAUUGUCAGUUGCUGCAUAAACAUAGCAUCAUCCGGUCCGAUCCUCGGUCCCGCGCAUUUCUAACGGACCUUCCCGCGCACUCGAAAGCCGAAACAUAUUCGAAUCGUACACGGACCGGUUCAAAUUUCUAGUGGUGCUUGGUGCGGGUGCGUUUAUUUCGGUUUACUAGUUAAGUGUGGGAGCUGAAGCUCCUGAGCCAAAGGGAUUUUUCAUCCGCGGCUACCGACAAGCGGUGUUUUCUCACUGGUUCAGUACCGUAACGAUUUUUUGGAUCGGUCUUGUGCGGAAGUUUGUUUGUUUUUUUCUGAUCUGAUUCUGAUUUCAGAUAUAGGAUUUCUGAAGGCGAAUCGGAGACUCUCACCAGUCAAAUGCUCUCGCAGAAUCCAAAACUGCAUUUUAUUGUUCUCAUCUUCCAUUAAAUUCGAUAAACUUUUCCGGCAUAGAUCAAUCGUUUAUCUGAAGACAGGUGAAUCUGUGCAGAACAGCGUGCCGGUACUGCCGGUGCAGUUGCAGUUGCAGUUUCGUUCGCACGCCAAGCGCGAUUCUGCUCGUUAGCGAAGGUUAAAGGCGUGCUCGAGUCUGCGCGACGAUAAGGUAGCGCGGAAUUAGCGGAAUCAGUGCGCGAGUGCGCGAGUGCUCGUCUUCUCUGUGUCAUCCGGUGAAUCCAAUCCAAUCGGAAGAUGAUGAAGUCGGUGCCGAGGUGGCCGGUCGUAGCCGUGGCCCUCCUUGCACUCUACCUCUCCAUGCGGCCGAGCAAAGACGAGCCCCAGUUUCCGCUCGACCACAGUGCCAAUAUGACCACCGAGGAAAACAUCAGAUUUUAUGGAUACCCCUACGAAAAACAUCUGGUGCAAACAGAGGAUGGGUACAUUUUAAGCCUGAUCCGAUUUCCACGGCGAACCUCGAAUAAACUCCCGGUACUAAUAGUACACGGUUUUAUGGCCUGCUCCACCUCAUGGGUUGCCAUGGGCCCUGAAGGAAGCCUUGGAUACCAACUGUACGAUGCAGGCUACGAUGUUUGGCUGGCUGAUUUACGAGGCAAUCAGUACUCUGCACACCAUGCUUACUUGGAGAGAAACGAUACCAAAUUCUGGGACUUCACGUUCGACGAGAUGGGUCGCUUCGAUCAGCCGGCGUUCAUCGACUACAUUCUGGCUGCUACGGGGCACCAGACCCUGGUGCACGUGGGUUAUUCCAUGGGAUCCGCGUCCUUCUUCAUCAUGACAUCGAUGCGGCCCGAGUACAACUCCAAAGUUGAAGCACAUAUCGCUCUGGCCCCGGCCGUUUUCAUGAAACACUCGGAGACGGCCUUCUGGAAACUUCAUGACUCCUUCGUCUUCCUCAACAAGUACCUCAACGAUAUUCAGGGAUCCUUUGUACACGGAAUGAUGCCUCACUUCUUCUUUUCGUUCUGUAACUUCAAUUUUCUGACCCGAAGGUUUUGUAAACAUCUCACAAACAACAUUCUUGGACACUCCUAUUCGAAUCGAAAUGAGAGCGUGUACGAGGUUAUUCUUCACAACGGUUUGACUGGCUCUUCUCUCAAAACAGCUAGGCACUACUUACAACUUCAUGAAUCAGGAGGUCAAUUUCAAAGAUUCGAUUACGGCGAUGAGCAGUUAAAUUUGGAGCACUACGGACAACCAAGGCCGCCGCAUUACGAUGUGUCAAAAACAAGCGCUCCCGUCCACAUAUUUUAUGGUGCAACUGACAUAGUGUGCCCAGAGCAGGAUAUACUGUUGUUGAAAGAGGCUGUAUCAGGCCCUACAGAUUUAACGCUAGUGGAAGAGCCAAAUUUCAACCAUGGCGACUUCUUCAUGAGCAACGAAGCAAGAACUGCCUUAAAUCCCAAAGUUCUGGAAAAAGUACGGCUCAUAAAUGAGCUGCAUAGUAAAAGUAAAGUAUCCGCUCCUCCGGUAGAAACUAAUGACGCUGGUCCGCGCGUGCGUGACCAGAAGGAAAAGGUAUAAGAAAACCUGGAAAAACGGCAAAAAAGGAGAAAAGAAUGAGUGCCACAAAAAGUGGAAUCGGUAACUUCUAGAACUCUGAACCAGGCUCCAAAUAUUCUCCUCAAGGAUGAAUUGAGCUCAUUUGUCGGAUCUGUUUGUUAUAAACAAAAUCAUAUUUCUCUCUAAGUCUAUAUGAAAGGCAAAAGGUAUCGUUGAUUCCGAUAUGGUAAUGAAAUUCUCCAUUUUCUCAUCAAAAUUCAAAAUUUCCUCAUGAUACGAUUAGGAUUCAUGUUUGGGUGUCAGGCUUGAUGCUUUGUUCACCGCAACAACCUUCUUUUCACUCAUCAUAUUUACACCUGAAGACCGCAAACAUUUUUAUUUUUGGUGGAGUUUAAUAAAGCUAACAACAGUAAAUCAAAAUUAUUGUAGUGACUGAACAUCAUCAAGCCCUCACUAAUAGAGUGUAAGUGCCAAUAUUGCCACCGAAUUAAAAAGACAUUAUUGAUAGAAACCUGCUUUUGUCAGUGAAUUCAGGUCCCCACCAAAUCUUGAAUAUUUUUAUCCAGCAGGAAAAAAGCAUUACCUCUUCCGAAUAAAGUAUGCGACGUCUGUUUUCUGUUUGAUUGAUUUGUUUGUACGUAAAAUACUUGCAGAAAUAAUUAUGAUCUAUUAUCACUGAUCAUAGGACCGAUCUCAAUAGUACCUACGAAUAAAAGGUUCGUUAGUGAUCCUACAUCACAAUGCAAUGUAAAGAAGCAGGUGUGAAAAAAAUUAUUGUGAACUUGCUUUAUGACGAUUCAAAAUUUUCGAGUGGGAGCUUCAUUUUCAGACAUCACAUUCAGCUGUCAUUUGAAAAAUCGCAUAGGAAAACGUGUGAAACGAAAUUACGUUACCCAAAUGUUCCUACUUCCUGCAAACAGUAACUGUCCGAUUCUCGAAAAUGAAGAAUACUUUGUUUAAAGUGUAUGUGCGUGUGAUAUGUAAAAUUUGACAUUUUUUUUCUAGUCAUGUGUUUUAAUAAACCGAUUGUGUCCCGUUUUCAAA